AAGCUGGACCGUCACCAGCUACUGUACAAUGUGACUAUUCUUGCCCAUAGCCAUGAAUAGAGAGUCCACACCAUCAUCUCUUCCACUGGCGCAAUUGGUAUUUAUACAUCCUUCAGGUCGUUCCGCGGACGGAUGUCCGGCUUUCCCACUAACUGAUAUAUAGUGCCUCUGUCGCUCUGUCCUAUCCCCUCCAGUUUGGCAAGCCCAUCCCGAAUGCAACCACUUGAACUCGCUGAUAGCUCGACGAACUUGCACAACAUGUCCGUUAUAAAGGUCGCUAUCCUUGACGAUUAUCAGAACGUCGCUCUCAACUGUGCGGACUGGUCUCCGAUCCUGUCUCGUCCCGACGUCUCUGUUGACCGCUUCUCGGACACCCUCCUUUCUGAAGACGCCCUAGUUGAUCGUCUCUCACCAUAUACUAUCAUUUGCGCCAUGCGCGAACGAACCAAGUUCCCUGCUUCCCUCCUCGAUCGUCUGCCAUCUCUCAAACUCAUAGCCACGACAGGAAUGAAGAACGCUGGGAUAGAUAUCACACAUGCAAGGGAGAAUGGAGUGGUUGUUUGCGGCACGGGUUCGACUGGAGACUCGACGUUGGAGCAAAUAUGGGCCUUGAUAUUGGCUGUGGCGCGUUGGGUGCCACAGGAGGAUGCCGGUGUUAAGGCUGGGAGGGAAGCGUGGCAGACGAAGAUUCCGAUGGGUUUGUGGGGGAAGACACUGGGGCUCAUAGGCGUUGGAAGGCUGGGCUCUUCUACUGCACGUAUUGCGAAAGCCUUCGGGAUGAGGGUAAUUGGAUGGUCACCCAAUCUAACCCCUGAACGUGCCGAGGCAGCAGGUGUCGAGUUUGCAGAGAGCAAAGAGAAGGUAUUCCGAACCAGCGACAUUGUAUCUCUACACAUGGUCCUGUCGACUCGUUCCAGAGGCAUGAUCACUAAGGAUGACUUUGCACUCAUGAAGCCUACCUCUUUCUUUAUCAACACUUCACGAGGCCCACUCGUCGACGAGUCUGCGCUAAUAGAUGCUCUCCAACGCCGGGUCAUCGCAGGCGCCGGCCUGGACGUCUUCGAUAUUGAACCGCUACCUUUGGACCAUCCGAUCAGGAAGCUUGACAACGUCACACUCAGUCCGCACCUGGGAUAUGUGUGCGACUCAAGCUACGAGACGUUCUAUGCACAAACCGUCGAAAAUAUUGUGAAUUUCUUGGACGGAAAGCCGAGCAGGGUCAUGCUGUGAUGUACCACUAUCUGCUUGUCGAGGGGAUGUUGAUUGUUUGGUCGAUUCUUGCUGAUGUGUUCGCUCUGUCGUUGUAGAAUACUGUAUCUUUUGCCACACUGGAGUAUCCGAUACCCUGUACGCUUAUGAAAAGGCGUCUCUGUGCC